AUGGGAGCGCCUGGGGUGGGCAAGACCGCCUUGACCAGACAGUUCAUGACCUCAGAAUAUAAAGGAACCUACACAGAAUCAAAUACACCCGACCUCCUAGAACCUGAGAGGAACGUCAGUGUGCUCCUGGACGGCCUCGAGUCCACGUUGCAUUUCAUAGCCGAGGAGCAGCACCCAGACUUUGAGAUAGAAGACAUCCCUAUCGAUGCCUUCGUGAUCGUGUUCGCCGUGUCCGACCCGGCCAGCUACAACCAAGCCAUCCUCGCGGUGCGCCGGCUGAGGGAGGAGGUGCGCACCAACAAGGCUGUCAUCUUGGUGGGCAACAAGACGGACUUGGCCAGGCAGCGACGGGUGGCUAGACAUGAUGCUGCUCGACUGGCCAAGAAGUACCACUGCCGUUACGCGGAGACCUCAGCUGCUCUCAACCAUCACGUGGACGAGCUGCUAGUUGGCAUCCUCAGCCAGAUCCGCGAACAGAUCUCACCUUCAGCUUCUGGACCCCCAGCAUCGCCCGGGAAACAGCCGCUCAGGAGAAGAUCCAAGUCUCCAGCUCAAGCCAUCAGCCAAUUCUUCUCCAAAAUCUUCGGCGCCGGACACAGGAAAACCAAGUCCUGCGAGUUACUGUUUGUACAAUAA